GGGCGCAGCCGAGCCCCGGGCGGCGCGACCACAGGUGCCCGCGGCCGCGGCCCCGAGCCAGGCCGCGACCCCGACCCCGACCCCGACCGACCCCGGCCCGGCCCGGAUCGGGGCCAGGGCCCCGCCCCCCUCCCUCCCAAUCCUAGACCGGGACCGCCACCGCGCCCCCCCCCCCCCCGACCCUGACCGGACCUUGACCCCCGACCCCAGACCCCUACCUGACCGGCCCCGCACCUUGACCCCAGACCCUGGGCCCCGAGCCCGGAUAAGGACCCCAACCCCGACCUGGCCCAUCCCAACAUGACGGGGCUGGAGGAGGACCAGGAGUUCGACUUCGAUUUCCUUUUCGAGUUUAACCAGAGCGACGAAGGCGCCGUCGCUGCCCCAGAGCACUACGGUUAUGCACCCCCCAGCAUCAGCACCGCUCUGCCUCCCGGCUCGGCUCACCCCUCGCUGCCGGCUCUGUGCCACGACCUGCAGAGUGCCGCCCCGGGCAUGCCGGGCGCUGCGGCCGGCCAGCCCCCGGGCUACGGGGGGGCUGUGGACAGCGGGCCCUCCAGCUACCUCCUGUCCUCCAGCCACAUCCGGCCCAACGGAGCCCCCGCCCUGGAGAGCCCCCGCAUCGAGAUCACCUCGUACAUGGGACUGCACCAUGGCAACAACCAGUUCUUCCACGAUGUGGAGGUGGGAGACGUCAUUCCCAGCUCCAAGCGGCCCCCCUCAACGGCCACCCUGAAUCUGCCCAACCUGGAGGCCUACCGGGACCCCUCGUGCCUGAGCCCGGCCAGCAGCCUGUCUUCCCGCAGCUGCAACUCUGAGGCCUCGUCCUACGAGUCCAACUUUUCGUACCCCUACGCGUCCCCGCAGACGUCCCCGUGGCAGUCGCCCUGCGUGUCCCCCAAGACCACAGACCCCGAGGAGGGCUUCCCCCGCGGCCUGGGCGCCUGCGGCCUGCUGGGGUCCCCCAGACACUCGCCCUCCACUUCGCCCCGCACGAGUGUCACGGAAGAGAGCUGGCUGGGGGCCCGCACGUCCCGGCCGUCGUCCCCCUGCAACAAGAGGAAGUACGGCCUCAACGGCCGGCAGCUCUCUUGCUCCCCGCACCACUCGCCCACGCCGUCCCCGCGCAGCUCGCCGCGGGUCAGCGUCACCGACGACACCUGGCUGGGCAACAGCACGCAGUACACCAGCUCCGCCAUCGUGGCCGCCAUCAACGCCCUGAGCACCGACAGCACCCUGGAGCUGGGCGACGGCGUCCCCGUGAAGGCGCGCAAGACCGCCCUGGACCGCUGUCCCUCGGUGGCGCUCAAGGUGGAGCCGGCCGGCGAGGACCUGGGGGCCACGCCGCCCACGUCUGAGUUCCUGCCCGAGGAGGUCCCCCCCUUCCAGCACAUCCGGAAGGGCGCCUUCUGCGACCAGUACCUGUCGGUGCCGCAGCACCCCUACCAGUGGGCCAGGCCCAGGUCCCCGACAUCCUACACCAGCCCGUCCCUCCCCGCCCUGGACUGGCAGGUGCCCUCGCGCUCGGGGCCCUACGAGCUGCGGAUCGAGGUGCAGCCCAAGCCCCACCACAGAGCCCACUACGAGACGGAGGGGAGCCGCGGGGCUGUGAAGGCAUCGGCCGGAGGACACCCCAGCGUGCAGCUACACGGCUACUUGGAGAACGAGCCGCUCACGCUACAGCUGUUCAUCGGGACCGCUGACGACCGCCUGCUGAGACCCCACGCCUUCUACCAGGUGCAUCGGAUCACGGGCAAGACCGUGUCCACCACCAGUCACGAGGCCAUCCUGUCCAACACCAAAGUCCUGGAGAUCCCGCUGCUGCCGGAGAACAACAUGAGAGCCAUCGUGGACUGCGCCGGGAUCCUGAAGCUCAGAAACUCGGACAUCGAGCUGCGCAAAGGGGAGACAGACAUCGGGAGAAAGAACACCAGGGUGAGGCUGGUCUUCCGGGUCCACAUCCCGCAGCCCAACGGCCGGACGCUGUCCCUGCAAGUGGCCUCGAACCCCAUCGAGUGCUCCCAGCGGUCGGCCCAGGAGCUGCCCCUCGUGGAGAAGCAGAGCGCGGCCAGCUGCCCCGUCCUCGGCGGGAAGAAGAUGGUCCUGUCCGGCCAUAACUUUCUGCAAGACUCCAAGGUCAUUUUCGUGGAGAAAGCACCAGACGGUCACCACAUCUGGGAGGCUGAGGCAAAGACGGACAGAGGCCUGUGCAAGCCGAAUUCGUUGGUGGUCGAGAUACCGCCUUUCCGCAAUCCGAGAAUAACGAGCCCCGUCCAAGUCAGUUUCUACGUCUGCAACGGGAAGAGGAAGAGGAGCCAGUAUCAGCACUUGACCUACCUUCCUGCGAACGGUAACGCUGUCUUUCUAACCUUAAGCGCUGACAAUGAGCCCGCAGGGUGCUUUUCCUAAGAGACGCAUAGAUGCCAGGAUGCUGUCGGGGUGAAGCGGUGUAUGCGGAAGCUGCGUUAUUGUCCUGUUGACAGGAACGCGUCCUUGAGUCCUAAAAAAAAAAAAAAAAGUGAAGCUUUCAGUGUAUUUUCCUUUAUUACUGCUGUGGGUGGGGGCUGCAUAUUGGGAUAAUGACGGGUCAUUUUUGCUGGCCGCUUGCAAAUAGAGAAUGGCCCGAGGGGAGAAAAAGUGCAGCCCUUUUGCGCCCAAAGGCUGAGGUGGUCUAGGUGUGUGUUUAAGUCCUGUCGGUGUGUAAGGUGGAAAACCAAAUAGUUAUCAUUAUUUGGCAGGUGCCUUUAGAAGUAAACCUGUGGCAUUGAGCCUAAAGGCUGGUGCCUGAUGUGGUCAUUGACUAACAUUAACGAUUUCUGUGCUCGGGCUGAAACCCCCACGUCACAUCUUUGGUCGAAUAAUUGCACCUUCCUGUGGCUGUGAGGCUUUCGGGCCCAAGUACCUGUCACUCAACCAAAAACCACCCUCGUUGAGGUUGUGUGUUUACGCAUUCUGAGGAUACAGCCUUAGGACUUAGAAGACAGUUCACCUUUUCAGCUUUCUAAGGUGUUUCCUUAAAGAAAAUACCAGUGUUUGCUUUUGCCCCCCAAAUGUCGUCCUCAGAGCAUCGCCUGAUGCUCUGAGUGGUCCCAGCUGCGGUCAUCCUGGAUUUCAUUGUGUUCUGUGUUAAGGUCAUCAAUGGCGGCAAUCUUCUUGUAUGGUAGCUUCUGUUCUAAAAGCUUAGGAGAUUCGUGUGAUUUAAGAGGAAAGUUAUACCCUAAAAACUAUUGAAAAAGCAGCCACGUUGCUAUCUUGGUGAAGUCAAGAUUCUCUGAAGGUUUUCGUUUUCUCUGACUGUAACACAUAAUACCGAGUAGAUGAUAGAAAGCCCUAGAAUAUCCGUGUUGAUAUCAAACCGUUAGAAUUAACCGCUUUGGGGGCAAACGUUAGCCGUGCCUUUCAGGAUUUGAAUGAUACGAUCUUGUUGCGAAAUUACGUCAUGAGACUGCACACAACAUAGCACCGUGUGCCCGUGAGCCGCUCACGCCAGGCCGGUCUGGUCUGUUCUCUUGUCUGCGACCCCGUCCUGGGUUAUGCGGUCUGCUUCGUGCAACUCGGUGAAUCCUAUCUGUUCUUGGAAUAAGGUGCAAUAUAUCCUACAAAAGAAAAUGUUUAGUCGUUUUGUGAAAAUGUAAUGAUUGUAUGCUAAUUAAACUUCAGGCGUGGUUGACCAAAAGUUGAACGUUUCAAAGAAAACCAGGCCUUUUAAGAAAAAUUGCUUUUUAAAGCGGUUUAGAAAAUCUCUAACGUUAGUGUUUCCUGCAGUCCCUGUUCCAAGUUCACGGUGCCCCGAGCAGUGUCAGGGGUGGAGGGGCCCCCGCCUGUGACCUGCACAUCUCUCCUACGGGGGGCACACUGAGCCCCCAGGGACAUGUUACUAAGACAAUGGGGUGCAGAGGGCAGUGUGUGGGCCAUCCUGUCUCCCCGCCCUGCAGCGGGAAUCACAUCCUACAGCCUUAUCCCACGGGGUCCUAACUGCGCUCCACCCCAGUGCCCCGGCGCCCCUCUCUCCACCUGCCCCAGAGACCUCGCCGCCCGCCUCCCCACCCCCUGCUCCGCCCCAGACAUCGUCUGUCCCCUAGCGCAGGGGCCAGUGACUGUGGGCUGGACGUACCUGCCAUUCUGCUGGCCUGUCUGCCUCUCUCAGGCCUCAGUGACUCUCCUUGAAAUUUGCUUCCAGCCCCUCGGAGCCUGAGGCAUCCUCGCUGCCGGCCCCUGGGAGCACCGGGCCCUGCCCCGGCUUCCUGGGGCGGCAGGCGUCUGCUGCCCUGUGGGAUUGGGACGAGGCCACGCGCCGCUAGGCUGUAAGCUCCCUGGAGCAGGACCCUCGGCCGGGAUCUGACCUCGUGGCUGAAUCACGGGGUCUACCCUUACGUGGCUUUAAGAAUAAAUAAGUGAACGAAUGAAAAACUAGAACCCGUGUGUCUGGUUUUCGGUUUGGUGUUUCUCCUGCCGUGCACUCCCCAGGCUCGCCCGGCCGUGAGCAGGACGCACAGACCCGCACUCGGCACCUAGACAGCGCCCCCCACCCUGUCCCCCUGGGCUGAGUCUCCCACCUCACGGACCGCGACUGUCGACUCUGAGCCCAAAGAUACGUGCUGUUGCUGUGUCGACGAAAGCUUGGUAGCGGACGGGGCGUGCCGCACGGACUAGAAGACAUCGGCCUGUUUGGGGCGGGCUCCCGUCUGAGGGCAAGCACAGCGGGGCCCUGGCUUCUGUGUAUUCCGACGGCAGGUUCUUUCCAAGGUUAUUAAAUGUGCUGUUGAAACGGGCAAGGCUUUGGAAGUAAGUCCUCUUAAACUCUACCCGAAAAACUCAUUUUCAUGUUCAAAUGUGUAAAAUCAAGUGCCACUCUAGGGUUUCCAUCAAAAUUAGCCGUGGGUACAGGUGAUGGUGUGGCCUCGGUUGUCCUCAUGGUGGACUCUCAGACAUGCGACCCCAAGGAACAGUGCCCCCGGGAGGCCACCCUCAUGCAGAGAGGUGGGGACGCUCACUGCCCCCGUGUGGCCCCUGGCGGUGCAGGUGAUGGAAGUGAGGGGGUCAGAGCAUUUGUUGCUCGGGGACGCGUACUCUGGUCACCUUCCCCGCUGCUGGGCUCAGCUCGCCGGUGACCUUCUGACAGCUGGACGGCAAGCGAGUUGACCGCGGCUCCCUGGGAUGACGCCCUCCUCUCUUUCCAUCUGCACCACACGCGUCUGCGGGGCCUCCGGUCUCAGGGUCAUUCCCAGCGGUCGGCCUGGAAGAGGCCAUGAGGCAUCACACGCAGGGCCUGCCGGGCUGCGAUGGAGCGCGGGCCCCUCUCUGGGGGUUGG